GACGUCAACAAGCAGUAGGCGCCCAAGCAGUCUGCACCUCUUCUGCUUUCCACUUCUACCACCGCUGCUCGUCCAAAAUUUGAGCAGCAAAGCUCUAUUCUUUGCUUAAUCUCUUUCUUUCCUUCAGUCAUGCUGCAGAGGCCACCCGGUUUGCUCAGGCGUUGGCCUUCCGUGGCAUUGCGUUGUAGGUGGCAAGGUUACCAGCUCAACUCAAUAAGAGCCUAUGCUACUGCCAAAACGCCCUCGCCUAACGAUGCCUUUGCGACUGGCACCAAUGCGUACUAUGCUGAGCAGAUGUACCGGCAUUGGAAAGAGGAUCCCAAAGCGGUCCACCCAUCUUGGGACGCGUACUUCUCGGGCAUGGAAAGAGGCCUUCCAAGUGCGCAAGCUUUCCAACCCCCUCCAAGUCUCGUUUCCUAUCCCGCUGGCGGCGCUCCAGCACUGCAUGCUGGCGGAGGUGCCGAGCUAGAUGACCAUCUCAAGGUGAGUUGUUGGUGUACUAUAUACGUCAUAUCCCUUUGCGUGCAUUUCUCGCUUGAGAGAUUAUUCACUCGGUGAGCGAGAUGAAUGUUCAAUUGCUCGUUCGUGCUUACCAAGUUCGCGGCCACCAUGUCGCCGAUCUGGACCCUUUGGGCAUCCUCGACCCUGACUUGAGUAAUGCCUAUCCUCCCGAAUUGGAGCUCAGUCGAUACGGGUUCACUGAGCGCGAUCUCGAAAAGCAAAUCACUCUUGGACCCGGUAUCCUUCCCCACUUUGCCACCGAAGACAGGAAAACAAUGUCAUUAGGCGAAAUCAUCAAGGUCUGCAAACGUAUCUACUGUGGUGCAAUUGGUAUCCAGUAUGUGCACAUUCCCGACAAGGAGCAGUGCGACUGGAUUCGUGAGCGUAUCGAGAUCCCAAAGCCAUGGAACUACACGGUCGAGGAGAAGCGCAUGGUCCUCGACCGUCUGAUCUGGUCCGAGUCUUUUGAAAAAUUCAUGGCGAGCAAAUACCCCAACGAGAAGCGUUUCGGUCUCGAGGGUUGCGAAGCUCUCAUUCCCGGUAUGAAGGCCCUCAUUGACCGCUCGGUCGAACACGGUGUCAAGCACGUCACAAUGGGCAUGCCCCACCGUGGGCGUCUUAACGUAUUGGCGAACGUCAUCAGAAAACCCAUUGAAGCUAUCUUGAAUGAAUUCUCUGGGACUGCCGACGAUGACGAUUUCCCUGCUGGUGACGUGAAGUACCAUCUUGGCGCCAACUACGUCCGACCGACGCCGUCUGGCAAGAAGGUGUCCUUGUCACUCGUGGCCAACCCUUCACAUUUAGAAGCUGAGGAUCCUGUUGUGCUCGGAAAGACUAGAGCAUUGCAGUACUUUGAGAACGACGAGGGGAACCACUCCACCGCGAUGGGCGUUUUGCUUCAUGGUGACGCGGCGUUCGCUGGCCAGGGUGUCGUUUACGAGACUAUGGGCUUCCACAACCUACCCUACUACGGCACCGGAGGCACGGUCCACUUGAUUGUCAAUAACCAAAUUGGCUUCACCACUGACCCUCGUUUCGCACGUUCCACACCUUACCCGUCCGACCUUGCCAAGGCCAUCGACGCGCCGAUCUUCCACGUGAAUGGCGAUAACGUCGAGGCUGUCAACUUUGUGUGCCAGCUUGCGGCAGAUUGGCGUGCCAAGUGGAAGAAGGAUGUCGUGAUUGACAUCGUUUGCUACCGUCGUUACGGCCACAACGAGACUGACCAGCCGAGCUUCACUCAGCCUCGCAUGUACAAGGCCAUUGAGAAGCACCCGUCUCCAUUGACCAUCUACAGCAAGCGCCUCAUUGAACGGGGUACGUUCACUCAGACUGACAUUGAGGAGCACCGCAAGUGGGUGUGGAGCAUGUUGGAGAAGGCGGCCGCCGGUGCUAAAGAUUACGUGCCGACGAGUAAGGAGUGGUUGUCUGCGGCAUGGCCGGGGUUCCCCUCGCCGAAACAAUUGGCUGAGGAAACCUUGCCCACUGCCGAUACUGGAUCAAACGAGGAGUUGCUGAAGAAGAUCGGCAAGGCGAUCAGUUCAUUCCCUGAAGGGUUCCACCCUCACAGGAACUUGGCUCGUAUUCUCGUUAAUCGGAGCAAGACCGUUGAGGAAGGUAAGGGUAUUGAUUGGGCUACUGCUGAAGCUCUCGCUUUCGGUUCGCUCGCGCUCGACAAGAUCCACGUCCGUUUAUCCGGUCAAGAUGUUGAGCGUGGUACCUUCUCCCAACGUCACGCCGUUGUCCAUGAUCAGGAGACCGAACAGCAGUACAUCCCAUUAAACGACCUCGGCAGCAACCAAGCAAAAUUCGUCGUCUGCAACUCGUCGUUGUCCGAAUUCGGCUGUCUCGGAUUCGAGUUGGGUUACUCGCUUGUCUCACCUGACGCGUUGUCCAUUUGGGAAGCUCAGUUUGGCGACUUUGCGAACAAUGCACAAUGUAUCACUGACCAGUUCAUCGCAAGUGGUGAGAGGAAAUGGUUGCAGCGGACUGGUUUGGUCGUGAACUUGCCCCAUGGUUUCGAUGGUCAGGGGCCGGAGCACUCAAGUGGAAGAAUUGAACGGUUCCUCCAGUUGUGUGAUGACCAUCCAGAUGUCUUCCCUUCACCGGAGAAGGUUGAGCGUCAACACCAGGAUUGCAACAUGCAAAUUGUCUACCCUACCACCCCCGCGAACUACUUCCACGUCCUCCGCCGUCAAAUCUACCGUGACUUCCGUAAACCAUUGAUCGUAUUCUUCUCAAAAUGGUUGCUUCGUCAUCCCAAAGCCAGGUCUGAGCUUUCUGAAAUGAUCGGCGACACUCACUUCGAGCGCUACAUCCCCGAUCCUCAUCCCGAACAUCUGGUUGCCCCUGAACAAGUUAGACGGCACGUUCUUUGCUCUGGUCAGGUCUACCAGUACCUCAUUGCGGAACGUGAAGCUCGUGGUAUCAAGGAUGUUGUCAUCAGCCGAUUGGAGCAGAUUUCGCCCUUCCCCUACGACUUGCUCACUCCUCACCUUGAUAAAUACCCCAACGCUGACCUUCUCUACUGCCAAGAGGAGCCGCUCAACAACGGAUGCUGGACUUACGUUGCACCUCGUAUCUUGACCGCUGCUAACCAGACUGAGAACCACAAGGGCAAGUACCCAUUGUAUGCUGGUCGUGAACCUACCAGCUCCGUUGCCACUGGUAGCAAGGCCCUUCACAAGAAGCAGAUCGAGUCAUUCCUCGACCAGGCCUUCUCAUUAUAAAUUAGACUUUGCGACGCAUGCAGACUACAGUAACUUGUUUUUGUUUUGUUUUGUUUUUAUCAUCCAUGGUACUUGUUUUUGGACACUAAUGCAAGAAUAAUAUUCACUCUGAAUGUACAAUGUGUGUAGAGUGAGAUAAAAAGACACAUUGUAGCAAAGAAAAAAAGAUCAGAAGGAAAGCAAAGAGAUUGGGAGCAAUCAUUCUUUUCUCCUCCGUUUGCUGCUCCUACCUUCUUCCUUCUCAGUCUCUCGCUUGCUCUUCAUGCCAGCAGCGCGCAUGUACUCUUUUCGCUUUUCCUUGUCCUUUUCGCUUUUCUUCGCUUCCUCCUUUGCCACCUUCUUCCGAUGCACCUCCUUCCGCUCGUUCUGCUUCUCUCUCCUCCGUACCACCUGAUCCUUGCGCAACGCCCUGAUUUGCUGCAACAGCGCAAUCGCCUUCUUCUCCUCUGGCUCGAGCACCACGGCACGUUUCUGCAUGUUGGACUGCAACUUCUUGGGUACUUUUAGAGGAUUGAAUCGUCGUGCUGAACGCUCGACCUUCUUGUAUGUCGAGUUGACGUUCAGAGGCGUCUUCACACCUUCCUCGUGUCGUACUUGACCAGUCAGUCGCAUGCCUUGCCAUGCGCCCUUAUUGGACAGUAACAAAGAAGUGACAGGGUUGUAAAACUUGCGAGGCUGUAUUGAAUACCAAGCACGAAGGAAGACGAUGUCUGUAAAGCAGCAAUUAAUACAAAUGUCUUGGCUGUUAGGCAGACGCAAGAAC